UUGAUGUUUAAACACUGCCUGUAAUUCAGGUCAUUCUCUGUUUUCGGAUUAUGAGCUGUUUGGAAGUAACGGGCGGAGGACUCUCGCCAGGGAACGAACCUCUCCCGAACAUUGUGUGCACUGAUCCUCCCUCGCGAAAGCCAGACUCUCCGGGAAAAACAGAAGCGGAUUGCACAAUUUGUGUCAACCAACUCAACUACACCGUCAGUGAGAGAGUUGGUCCUUGGUGGGACGUACAAUCGUAUCUUAAGAAGUGGACAAAGCAUAUCCUGAAAAAUGUCUCGUUUUAUGUGGAAAGUGGACAACUAAUGGGAAUUUUAGGAAAUUCCGGGUCCGGAAAGACGACAUUGUUGGAUGCAAUUGCAGGAAGAUUAUGUGGAUCAUCAAAUCUAAUUGGUGAUGUAUAUGUGAAUGGCUGCAAACUUAAAAAGGAAGAUUUUCACAACUGUUUUGCCUAUGUCCUACAGAGUGACAAUUUACUCAGUUAUCUUACAGUGGAGGAAACACUGACAUACACAGGCUUGCUCACACUUUGUGGAAACACUAAUGCCAUCAAAAAGAAGGUGAAAUCUGUCAUGUUAGAGCUUAGCCUAAGUCACAUCGCCAGCCAUGUGAUUGGUGGCCGAGUGUUUCGAGGGAUUUCAGGAGGAGAAAGACGACGAGUCUCUAUAGCAGCGCAGCUUCUCCAAGAUCCCAAAAUCAUCCUUCUUGAUGAACCAACCACAGGUCUGGAUAGUAUGACAUCCAACCAGAUUAUUGGAUUACUUUCAGAACUAGCUCACAAAAAUCGAAUAGUCAUCCUGACAAUUCAUCAGCCUAGAUCGGAACUAUUCAAGUUGUUUGACAGAAUUGGCAUAAUGAGCUGCGGAGAGUUGGUGUUUUGUGGUGGAACUGAAGAAAUGGUAGAUUUUUUUAGCAGUUGUGGCUACCACUGUCCUGAAUACUGCAACCCAUUUGAUCUCUACGUGGACCUGACAUCUGUUGACACCAGAAGCAAGGAGAGAGAAAUUGAGACUUACAGCAGAGUUCAAGAAAUUUCCUUAUCAUACCAAAAUUCAAGAAUAUUUAACAAUGCCCUGGUGAAUAUUAAUGCAGCAAAGAAAGAAAAACAGUCGGCAUCUAUUCCAUUCAAAAACACAGUUUCUCCAAAUACAUUCUUUAAACUUUGGAUACUGAUCAGGCGAAUUGUAAGAAAUUUAUCAAGGAACAAAAUUGGGAUAAUAAUGCGACUCUCCCAGAAUUUGCUUUAUGGCUUAUUUGUUGUGUUCUUCUUGAUGAAGCUGAGCAGUGAUCCAUCAAAAGGUGCAGUGCAAGACCGAAUUGGAAUCAUCUACCAAAGCAUAGGUGCCUCACCAUAUACUGGAAUGCUGAAUGCUGUUGCUUUGUACCCAUCGUUACGCUCGGUUGGUGACCAGGAAAGUUCAGAUGGUAUUUAUCAGAAAUGGUUGAUGUUGUUGGCCUAUAUCAUUCAUAUACUUCCUUUCAGCAUCUUCAGUGUGGCUAUUUACAGCUUUUUUGUUUACUGGACCCUUGGAAUGUUUCCAUUAUGGGAACGAUUUGGAUGCUUCUUUGCUGUACUCAUAGUACCACAUCUAGUUGGUGAACUUCUGACAUUGAUCCUACUUGGUGUUGUGCAGAAUCCAAAUAUAGUUAACAGUGCAGUUGCUUUAAUGAAUGUAGCAGGAAUUCUGUUAGGAUCAGGCUUCCUAAGGAGUGCAGAAGAAAUGCCCAAAGUGUUUCGCUGGCUGAGUUACCUCACAUUUCAGAAAUAUGGAGUUGAAGUCCUGAUGGUUAAUGAAUUUUAUGGUUUAAAUUUUACCUGUGGGAAUGGUGCGCAAUCAUCUAACACCACAGAUGCCCUUUGCUGGAUUACCCAAGGGGAUCAGUAUCUUGAUACUACAUAUCCUGGAGCAUCAUCCAGAUUUGUGUUCGACUUUCUGAUGCUAUACGCUUUUGUGCCUGCUUUAGUUCUUGUCGGCAUUAUUAGUUUUAAGAUUCGUGAUUCAGCAAUGCAGUGAAAAUGAGAUGGAAGAGCAGGAACUUGAACUGCAUACACUCCUCAAAGAAUGUGAGGAAAACUGUUAAAAGUUAAAAUUAUCUUUCCCUGAUUCCAUGUUGCCCUCUUCACUGUAUCCAUAUUACCAAUGAGAAUUUGAACACAGCUGGCACCACAAUCUAACACAAAUCCAAUCCACUUAUCUUUAUCCUGAAUCUUUGAGUCUGAAGAAGGGUCUCGACCCGAAAUGUCACCCAUUCCUUCUCUCCAGGGAUGCUGCCUGACCCGCUGAGUUACUCCAGCAUUUUGUGUUUACCUUCAAUUUCAACCAGCAUCUGCAGUUCUUUCCUACAUAUAUUUAUCCUGACGUAUAUUUAAUGGCAGGAUAACGAUAAAGGACGAAUCCUGACUGAUACCUUUAUUAUUGAUUACUGAUUAUCCUUUUACCACUUCAGGUAUGAUCUGGUAACUCAGGUACAGGAUAUUCCUGCUCUCUGUUGAUUAACUGUUUAUCGGAUAAACUUACUGAACUAUGAAGAGAAUGAAGGGCAGAUAGAUUUAACAAUUAAUUUGAUCUUCAUCCACAGACGUGUAAGAGGGAACAUAUAUCAUCUCUAUAUAACUAAAAGUCUUUGUCUUGUUUGUGUCCACGAUGUGUCAAUCUGGUUUUCCUAUCUUCUACCAAAUGCUAGGCCACAGCCUUCCCAU